AUGAAUCUCCUCUACUCGACGGUGAACACCCUCCGGGACAAGUACACGCCCGUCUCCCACAAGUCCACCUUCCGCAAGACGGGCCAGAUCACACCCGAGGAGUUCCUCGCCGCCGGCGAGUACCUCGUCUUCAAGUUCCCGACCUGGUCCUGGGCCGACGCCGACACACCCGCCCAGCGCGUCGACUACCUGCCCGCCGGCAAGCAGUUCCUCGUCACGCGCAACGUCCCCUGCCACCGCCGGCUCGACGACAACUUUGCCGGCGACGCGGGCCACGAGGAGGCGCUCGUGCACGACGGCGAGGACUUUAAGAGCAAGGGCAGCGGCAGUGGCGGCAGCGGCGGCAAGGACGGCGACGAUGAGGAAGGCUGGCUGCGCACGGGCGGGCUGGCGAGCUCGCAGGCGCUCAAGGCACGGGAGAUAAGGACUGUCGACGAUGCCGGCAACGUCGGCGAGCGGGAGGCGCUGGACGAUGACGACGAGAUCCCCGACAUGGAGGACGAGGACGACGACGAGGCGAUCAUCCGGGACACGGAGGGCGACGGCAAGUCAGGCGGCCGCCGCACCUACACCCUCUACAUCAUGUACUCGCCCUACUACCGCACCCCGCGCCUCUACAUGUCCGGGUACGCGCCGUCGGGCGAGCCCCUGCCGCCGCACCUCAUGAUGGAGGACAUCGUCGGCGACUACAAGGACAAGACGGUCACGCUCGAGGACUUCCCCUUCUUCGCCCACGCGGUCAAGAUGGCCAGCGUGCACCCCUGCAAGCACGCGCCCGUCAUGAAGACGCUGCUCGACCGCGCCGACGCCGCCCUCAAGCUGCGCCGCGAGCGGAUCCGCCGGGCCGGCGGCAGCGCCGCCGCCGUCAGCAGCCAGGGCAUGGAGGGGCUCGUCGACGAGAUCGGCAAGCUCGACGUGUCGAGCGCUGCCGCUGCUGCUUCCGCUACCGAGUCAGCCGAUGCGGUGGCGGACAACAAGGCAGGUAGCGGCAGCAGCGGUGGGGCCGACAACGACUGGGAGGAGGUGCAGCCCGAGGAGGAGGAGGAGGAGAAUGAGGUUGCCAUCCGGGUAGAUCAGUACCUGGUUGUGUUCCUCAAGUUCAUCGCGAGUGUCACGCCCGGCAUCGAGCACGACUUCACCAUGAGCGUCUAA